CCGGAGGCCGGUUGAACGCGUGACGUCACCGCGGUGCUGUGUUCCUUUCCGUGCCACGCGCUGUGCAGUGAUAUAUAAUUCGUGAGAGUAGCAGCGGCGUGCGAGGUAUUUACUUAAAAUUGAAUCGCCGGUAGGUUCUCACGGUGAACGAGCACGUCGAAACCGUUCUCGCAGACAGAACUGACUCGCAGAAACGAGAAUGGCGCCGAAAAAAAUCGAGGAGCCCGAAAGGAGACCGCUUAUCGGCCGCGUGGGUACCAACUUGAAAGUUGGUAUCGUAGGCAUUCCGAAUGUAGGAAAAUCGACUUUCUUCAAUGUCCUCACGAAAAGUCAGGCCGCAGCCGAGAAUUUCCCGUUCUGCACCAUCGAUCCCAAUGAAAGUCGCGUACCUGUACCCGACACAAGGUUCGAUUACCUGUGCGAGUACUUCAAACCAGCCAGCAAAGUCCCGGCCUUCUUAAACGUGGUGGACAUCGCUGGCCUCGUCAAGGGUGCCGCCGAGGGACAGGGUUUGGGAAACAGUUUCCUCUCUCACAUCAACGCUUGCGAUGGAAUAUUUCAUCUGUGUCGAGCGUUCGACGACGACGAUGUCACUCACGUGGAAGGAGACGUGAAUCCCGUCCGCGAUCUCGAGAUCAUCAGCGAAGAACUGCGAUUGAAGGAUAUCGAGUUCUUGAACGGCCACCUCGAGAAGCUGGAGAAACUGGUGGUCCGAGGAAACGACAAGAAAUUGAAGCCCGAAUACGACACGCUGCUGAAAGUGAAAAGCGUUAUGGUGGACGAGAAGAAGCACAUCAGGUUUGCCGAUUGGAGUGCCACCGACAUCGAAGUGCUCAACAAAUAUUUAUUCCUCACGUCGAAACCGGUUAUUUAUUUAGUCAAUCUCUCCGAGAAGGAUUACAUCCGCAAGAAGAAUAAAUGGUUAAUCAAGAUAAAGGAGUGGGUCGACAAAAACGAUCCCGGCGCGAUCUUAAUCCCUUUCAGCGGCGUGUUCGAGAACAAACUUCUGGACAUGGACGAUGCGGAGCGCGCCAAGUAUUUGGAGGAACAGAAAGCCACUAGCGCGCUUGACAAAAUCAUCGUGCAGGGAUACAAAGCGUUGCAGUUGCAAUACUUCUUCACGGUGGGGCACGACGAAGUCAAAGCAUGGACGAUUCAGAAAGGCACGAAGGCUCCGCAGGCAGCGGGCCGAAUUCACACAGACUUCGAGAAGGGAUUCAUUAUGGCCGAAGUAAUGAAGUUCGAGGACUUCAAGAACGAAGGCUCGGAAGCUGCGGUCAAGGCUGCUGGAAAAUACAGGCAGCAGGGACGGAAUUACGUGGUCGAUGACGGAGACAUUAUUUUCUUCAAGUUUAACGCUGGCGCGGGGUUGAAAGACGCGAAGAAAAAGUGAUGGCACGCGUUGCUCAUGUUGUUGCUCGUGCAUUUCUACAUCAACAUGAUACUCAUGUUCUGUUGCACACGCGACAUGCGCGUGAAACGGCCGAAAACCUUUUUGGAUACCCCUUAACAGUUUUUUCUACAGUUAUCGUAGAACCGAUAGAACUCCCCCCUCCCCCCCAAUUAUUGAUCACGAUUGCAACAAUUUUAUGGCAACGCACGAUAAUCAAAUAAAUACCAGCGUAUUUUAAUACUCGGCGGACACUGGAGGCCUUUAUUUACACGACUCGAAUAGUUAAUCGCGGCCCUCUAUCGUAUCGGUAUAUCGGUGACUAUUACUAUUCGCUAAAGCUAGAAAGCAAAAUGUCGCUUUUACGACGAUGAUCCCGAAUCGCUGAAAUAUCACGCUUCAAAACGUCUUAGGUGUAAAUAAAUUGUGGUGGCUUCGUAAAACUAGCUAGCGUCCUGCUUUUGUAUUCGUGGACAACCAGCGUAAGCAAAGGAAAGUGUGAACAAUGGAAAAGUAAAAGUGUUCU